AUGAUAACAAAUGGUGGCGGUUGGACAGUAAUACAAAAACGAAAAAAUGGUCAAAUAUACUUUGCUAAUCGUACAUGGAAUGAAUAUGUUAAUGGUUUUGGUGAAUUAACAAGCUCAUUUUGGCUUGGUUUAGAUAAGAUGCAUGCAUUGAUUGCAAAAGAUAAUGGUAAUCCGGUAACAUUACGGAUUGAAUUACGGGGUGAUUUAUGUGAAGAUAAAAUUGGUUGCUCAAAACAACCGGAUGGUUAUUGGUGGGGUGAAUGGGAUUUUAAG